GGAAAACGAUAAAAUGUAGACGACAGUGUUCCGCCGUUAUUUAACUCUGGUUAAUAUGGUGUUUUUACCGCGUUCGCACGAAAAGUACUUACAUUCAAGCACAUUGCUUAGGAAGGAUGAGAACGGUCUUGUUGUCGCCUAUUUGGCCGACAAGGAGCGCUAAUGCGAUCAUAACCUAUACAACAUGCCCAAAAACCGAUGAAGGAUAUCCGGCUUAUAUUUCACCUGAAACAGCGAUAAAACUGUUUGAUGCUCCCAUCAUCUGUAGGACCGUGAAAACCCCUCCCCUGCUGCUGUGGGCGUAGAUGGCACCAUGCUGGAUAACACCGGUGAUCAAGUGGAGCAGCAGUCUGGGCGCUGCUCAGACUGUGGGUGCAGUUUUAAUCUUUCACAUCCUGACUCUGAGCCUGAUUCCGAUGACACUCCAGCCGAUCCUAAACAGCAGAAUAAAACAGACAGUUCUUCCAAAUGCCCAUCCUGCCAGGCAGGCAGCAGCCCCCAGAAUGGACGCCGGCCACACCGGCGCAUCCGCCUGGACCCUCACAGCUGCAGCCUGUGCUCCAAAACCUUCAUCUCUUCCGCUCACCUGACCCUUCACCUUGCUUCUCACAAUAAGGAAAGGAAGUUCAAAUGUAACACCUGUGGCAAGUUCUUCCAUCAGUCCUCCCACCUAAUGGCACACAAGAUAAUCCACAGCGGAGACAGGCCGUUUAAAUGCCCAGAUUGUGGUAAGACCUUUGGGCGCGCUUCACACCUGAAGACCCACCGUCGACUCCACACAGGCGAAAAACCUUUUAAAUGCACUUACUGUGACAAGUCCUUCACCCAGAAGGCUGGGCUACUGGCACACGUUCGUCUGCACACCGGGGAGAGACCAUACAAGUGCGAGCAGUGUGGCGAGGGCUUUCGCUCUUUGUCACUGCUGCUCUCUCACAAGGCUCAAGAGGCUUCCGGACAGGCCAAGUCACUGUCGCCACCACCGCUCAGCCAGCCUCAGAAAACACAAACCAACGGCGAAGAUCUGAAAUGCGGUGUCUGCUGUCGCACUUUUGUCAGGUCAUCUUAUAUCCGGCUGCACAUUCGCCUCAACAAAGGACAGAGACCAUAUCACUGCAAAGUGUGCAACAAGACUUUUGUCAAACUGGAAACAUUUGUGAACCACUGUGACAAACACCUGAGACAGAAAAAGGAUAAAAAUAAGGGGGUGGAAGACAAAGUCGUCAAACCUCCCCUGUUUGUUCCGCUCUCCAGGCCUUCUUCUCCUGAGUCCUUACCUGCUCAGCAGCUAUCCCAGGAGGUCAACACACGCUCCAGAGCAAAAGCAAAGAUUAAAACAGAGCCAUAGCCAGAAGGAGAGCGUCAGCUGAGACAGAGAUGGUGGCAGUAGUAUAAUGUUGGUGUUUUAAAAGGUUAAAUGUUUACAGAUGAUGGUAAGAAAGGGACAAACACCAGAUUGGUAGUUGAAACAGUUCCAAUUUUUAUUUAAUUUAUAUCAAUGUGAGUUCACUAAUUGUUAUUUUAAGAUGGUGAUUUCCAUUGUGAGCAGUUAUCUUUAAGCACUAUAAUAUUUUUAUUGAGGUAUCUUUUAGGCUAAUGUUUGUAACAUUUCAGAGGCGUACAUUGUUCUGAUCUUACAAUGUUAAAAUGAAAAAAAAAGGUCAUAUCUUAAACCAUUGUAAUUUAUGGUUUUCAUUAAUCUGUUCUUCUAAAUGCAUAAAAGCCUAGUGGCAUGUAUGUACAAACAAUAAAAAAUGUAAGUUAAAUGCUUAUUGUAAAACAAUAUGCCAUUUGAUGAAAAGUAA